AGAUCAUACAAUGAAUUUACAUACGAUGAAAUUAGACAUAUUUCAAAUAUUUCCAACAUUGAAUUUAUUUUCACCUGGUCAUCCAUAUCAUGAGAAAUUGCAUGAUAUAUUAUCAGCUUUUAUUAGUUAUCGACCGGAUAUUGGUUAUGUACCAGGCAUGUCAUCAAUUGCUGGUAUGGCUUUAAUAGUAUUCGAUAAUACCUAUGAUGCAUUUGUAACAUUUGCAAAUAUUUUAAACAGAUCAUAUCAUCAAGCAUUUUAUAGUAUGAAUGAAGAGAAAUUUCUACUAUAUUUUAAUGAUUUUGAUAAAUUGUUCGCUAGAUGUCUACCCCGACUUUAUAAGCAUUUUAAAUUAGUUGGUUUUGAAACAACCAUGUUUCUGUUCGAUUGGUUCUUUACAUUAUUCAGUCGAAUACUUCCAUUGGAAACAUGUAUACGAAUAUGGGAUUUAUAUUUCCUAUAUGAAGAAUCUGCUUUAUUCUAUGCAGCUUUGGCAAUAUUGAAAUUAUGUGAAAAAGAUUUACUAACUUGUAAUUUUGAUGAUUUAUCAUCAUUGUUAUGUUAUAAUACAACACUACUGCAAUCAUUGACUCCAGAUAUACUGAUUAUUUCUAUGUAUUCGUUUCAUCAUUUAAAGCGCUUUAACACUUCAAAUCUGCAUAAAACACACCAAGUUGCUAGUCGAGAGUCUUUAUUCGCUAUGCAUCAGUUACCAUUAUCUAUUUCGAAAGAUGAUGUAACUCAGUCUAAUAUUAUAUUUCCAUCUAUUUAUUCUAUACCACGGUGCUCCUCUCGUCGUAUUAUUCCAAAAUCUGGUCCCAUUGAUCAUUCAGCACGUAGUCCUCGUUCAAUAUCUGAUGAGUCUGAUGGUGCUUUAGAUAUUGAUGAUCAAUACUUAAAGGCUGUAUCAGAAACAAAUUCUCAUGCACAGUUCUCUGCACUGCCGUUUAACAAAUCAAGUCAAAUAGUUGCUCAUAGUAUGAAAGGCGACGACGGUAAAGGUGUGCGUAAAGUGAACAAAUCAACUAGAAUGGCUACUUGUUGUACAAAUCCAUGCGUUUUUCAUCAUGCGCACUUACAGUCUGUAGAGAAAAAGUCGGGAACUACCACCUCUCAAAAAAAGUUACCACAAUUUUACUCAUCCUACAGUCUGGACCAUUCAACAACUUAUCGUCUUCCUACGUUACGACAGAAUAUAAGAAUUUCCAAUAUAAUUGGUAGAACUUCAGCCGAAAUGAUACCAUGAAGAGCAUAAAUAUAUGAAUCACUCGGUUGCGCAUUUUUUUUGUACACGCUUACAACAAUAUGAAAUAAGUUUACUAUCUAAUAGUACUCAAGUGUGUAUCCUGUUGAAUGUCGUCAUUAAAAUUUGGUCUAGAAUAUCAACUGAUUGGUUUACAUAAGUAAAUAUUUUCGAAUACACAUUUUGUCAUGUCUUUCAAAAUAUUUUUGUCAAUAAUUAAAAUAAAUAUUUCUCCAAAUAUCAUGUUGAUGAAUGACUUGUGUAUUUUUUUUUCGUUAUUACUUCCUACCCUUUAUCAUCAACCGUGAUAUUAUUUGUACUUUCAAGAUUUAGUACGUAAUUUCUUAAAUUACAUUUUUUUUGUUAUUGACCAAAAAACUAAUUUCCGUUUUGUCAAUCCAUUUUUAAAUCAAAUUUGUUACAUUGUAACGUGCAUGCAUAAUUAUUUUAUUAAUUAAUUAAAAUAAGUUCAAUUUUUAUAGUAA